UCAAAACCUUCACCACAACCAUUGUACAAUAAACUAGAGUAACUUUGCAUUCACGAGCCCGCAAAUAGACGCAAAUACAUAACAUGUCGUUAGCAAUACCAUGCCUGUAUUAUGUACCAUUUUGCAAGGCUGUUGAAAGCAAAGGACUACCACUUUGCACAAGUAAGAUGUUGAUGUAUCCACAUCCGUACGCUUUAUAAAGCCAUGAAAAGCAUUCAAUCUUCUUUAAUUUUAUACUCUUCGCUAUAUAUUACAGUGGAUUAUACAUUAUCUUAUGAAGUGGGUGCUGUACAAAAAGUUUGUUCAGCAGUUUGUGCGGCCCAUGCGAUGGCAUCAACACUACCCACAUUUAUGGUAUGGUUAAAACCAACGGCUGAAGCCCAUGGUGGGGAAUUCAUCUCCUUGCGAGACAAGACAUAAUGUUUAAAAGAUACGUGUCAAAACCCAGCGCUGACGACCAGAGCCGUCAUCCACGUCAAACAUGUCAACUAGGUUUGAACUAUUAGUACAGUCUGCUGUACUAAGGAAUUGAUUGCAGCCUGCUCUUCCUGUAACUGUCAUCAAGUUAAAAUGAUUGGUGGUAUUGCCUAUAGGGUUUGCAAACCAUUGUUGCCUUCCAGAUUCUG